UGCCGACUCCGCGUGGUUUCAAGCAACAGUGCAUUUCGUCGCGUCAGAUUUCUGUUUGUUAGCUGUUUCAUGUAUCAAAUCUUGAUUUGAAAAGUAAUACGGCGCGUCUGUGAGCAUGUUGUGACCAGGCAGACGAUAUAAAGAUACUCGAAGAACGCCUCCGUGGGUGAAACGAAGGAAGAGGACGACAUCAUGGCCACUGGCGGAAUUGUUCAGCAACAGGAGGAUGAAGCCAGCAGGUCCAUUCUGGUGUCCGACAUCCCCGAGACUGUGAGUAGGGACAAGCUGGAGAACCACUUCAUGGGGAUCGCCUGGGUUUCCGGAAAUACAGUGGAGUCUGUCAUCAUGGCAACAGAGACUGAGGCAAAGGUCACCUUUCUGGAUCCUGCAGCUGUGGAGACAGUUUUGGGAAAGCCGCAUGUCUUGAAUGGUGUUGAAGUAAAAGUUCAGAGGUGGAGUCCUCCAGAAAAUACAAAGGUAGAUGGCAAGUCCCAAGCUACAACAGGAACCAGAGAGACUGAUUUGCCUGCAAGAAUCAGCAAUGACUUCCUUGAAUGUUCAAUCUGUUGUGACAUCUUCAAGAAACCCAAGAUCCUCAUCCCCUGUCUUCACACCUUCUGUACACUGUGUCUUCAAGAAUGGGUGAAGAGGAAUGUUAAGGAGACUUUUCCUUGCCCUCUGUGUUGCCACGAAGUCACUCUACCACAAAACGGAGUUGCAGGCCUAAAGGACAAUUUCUUCAUGGAGAGUCUAGUAGAGGCCUUAGCAGAGCAAAACUACAUCCGGCACAGUAAAGAUGGCAUCCACUGUACAAACUGUGACGAAGGCAAGGCAGCCACAUCUAGGUGUUCGGAGUGUGCAGAGUUCCUCUGUACAAGGUGUGAGUCGGCGCAUCGAGUCGUCAAGGCAACCAAGGGUCACACGCUCUUCACCUUCGAGGAACUCAAGAUAGGAAAAUACGACAACAUCUUCAGGGACAGGAAAGCUCCACUGUGCUCCAAACAUCCUGGAGAAAUCCUGAAGCUCUACUGUAGGACUUGCGAGACACCGAUAUGUAACGAAUGUGCCCUUUUCGAACACAGAGACGCGCAGCACGAUUACACACGCAUAGAAGAAGUGGCUACAGAAAAGCGAAAGGCGAUCCUUGACCUCACACUGCAAUGCCAGGCCCAAAUAAAAUUCUUUCACCGGGAAGAAGACGCCCAGAAGCGUUUGAAGCAACAUCUCUUAAAACAUGCGGAGGAAGCACGUAAGAAUGUGCGUAGUACCGUACAAUCUCUUCUUACACUUGUGAAGGAAGAAGGCGAUCGACUUCUAGCCUGUAUUGAUACAGAGGUAGGAUGCAGGAAAAAACAGAUAGAAGCAGGGAUAGAGGGAGCGCAGAUCAGUCUGGCAAGCACCAAGAGCACGUGCGAGUUUGCAGAGACUCUAGCUCGGGAGGGGGGCGACUAUGAAGCGGCAUCGUUCUCACGAGAGAUGACGCAGAGAUUAAGUGAACUGGCUAAACCACGUUUUCACACCGUGGAUUUUGAAUCAGCAAAUGUUACAAUCGAUUACUCGGUCAUGAAGAAAAAGCUGGUAAAAAACAGUCCCACAAAUGCCCAAUAUGGCAUGUCGCUGUCAACAGAGAAAGAACUGUCUUCCAAGCUACGAGUAAGCAGUUUGUCUGGAAGACAUUCUACUGUUGGAGGCAAGAAAGCAGACCAAGUAAGGACUGUAACCACCCAGCAGGACCCCAUCUGCUAUAGAUGCUGGUUGACAGUAUCAGUCCCUCCAACAUAUCUCCCCUGCAGAAGCCAAGGUUGCAAGGGCACAUUCUGCACAAAGUGCCUAGUCAGGGCACUGAAGAAUGACCCUCGGUGCCCUGUCUGUCUGACCUUUGUGCCCAGUCUGGUGUUGACCAAUCAGCCUAAAGGAAGGAUGAAGGUUAAUUCCACCAGUAGUGACGUGUCUCUCGAAGGCUACCACCAAUUUGGGGCCAUCCUCGUAGACUUUGUCUUUCAAGAUGGAAUUCAGGAUGGGCCGGAGCAUCCCAAUCCAGGAAAGCGCUACAGUGGCAUGUUGUACCGGGCCUACCUACCGUAUACUUCUGAUGGGUUAAGAGUUCUGCAUCUCCUGGAGAAGGCCUUCAACCAGAAGCUGAUGUUCACCAUCAGGGCAUCAAGAGGGGGCAGUGAUAAAGUGGCCUGCAGUGACAUUGAGCUGAAAUCAAGCACAUAUGGAGGGCCAAAAGUAAAUGGCUACCCAGACCCAGGGUAUCUAGAGAGAGUGGCAGCACAGUUGGCUACCAAGGGCAUCAGAUGAUCAUCUGUGAAUUCCCAACUCAAUUGUGCUAACACUAGUUCACCUUUAUCUGUGGGAUAACCUAUAUCCGUUUUUGAAACAGGGUGUAUAUGUAUAGGGAUGUCAAGUCGACGGACAGUGGUUUCAAACUAUAAUUUAUUUUAAGUAUUGCAAAAAAGCAAUUAAAAGCCACUGUCUAUUGUCUUGACCUUCCCCAAUACCCUAGUAUACACAACGGAUAUAGGUUAUCCCACGGAUAAAGGUGAAUGAGUGUUAGUUGUUUUCUUAUGUCUACAUGGAUGUAAAUGUGACAGUGUCAUAUUUUGCUUCAAAUAUCACCUAUAUGAGAUGAAACUGUUAGAAAUUUACAAGAAUGUUCUUGAAAAUUACAGUACAUAUAUGUAUAGCCUAUAUUCUCACCUCAUACUAGUGUGUUAUGACAGUCUUUCAUAGAGUAGAAAAGUUCCAUAGAAUUCUUGUUGAGUAGCACUAUUUGACAUUUGUUAUACAUAAUAUAACAUGUAGUUGUAAUAGUGCACGUACACAUAUACAUGUAUAUGACACAACUAUGUCAUUUAUUCAGCCAACAUUGCCAAAGUUUUAAUUAAAAGUUGAUGUAUUUAUAUCCUUUA